AUGUUGUCCGGUGUCCUUAGCAGCAGCCCCAUGCUCAACCUCGCCGCCGCUACUGGCAGCUUCCCGUUCCCGACGAAAUUCAUUGCCCUGCCGCCAGAUGCCAAGGUCACGCUCGGACUCGAGCAGCCAGCAGCAACGUCAUCACGAAAAGCGGAGAACAUGAAUGGAUGGUUUCCGCACAAGCAGCCGAGCGCAUCAGGCUCAAACCCUAUCGCACCCCUUCCACUGAGCACGGCGCAUGCAGAAGUCUGGUCCCAAGGAGGAAAGAUAUUUAUACGCGACCUCGACUCGCCUUUCGGUACAUAUGUCAACGAUAUCAAGAUAACCGGCCCCACUCAACUCAAAAGGGGCGACAUUAUUUCUCUGGGCCUUCAUAUUCCUAGAAAUGGCAAAACACCAGCCUAUAUAUCGGACGAUGAGCUGAAGCCAAUCAUCGCUCGUGUCGCGUUGACUGGUACCUCGUAA